AUGCACGGGUUUUUUAAACGUUUUAUUUUGAAAGAUGAUAAAAAAGCUGAACGAAAGGUGAGUUUUUUAUUUUAUUUUUUGGUUAAAUACAAAAAAAUCGAUUGUUUUACAGAAAAUAUUAAAACAAGUCGAUGAAGUUGACGUUUGUGUGAUUGAUGUUGAAACAAUUCGAUGUGUAGUUUGUUUGAAUGUUUAUCAAGGAACACCGCAGAUUUUGACUUGUGGACACUCGUUUUGUCAUACUUGUGUGGAAGAAGUUGGAAAUGCAGAAUUUAUUAAUGAUCCCAGGGAUGUCAAUAGAAAUGUAAGGAUUUUGAAAGGAGGUUUUCUAGAAGCUGUGAGCAAGUAGAACUUGAAAAAUAAGCUUGAAACAAGUGAAAUUAAGUAUACUAAUGGAUAUUUUGAGGAUAAUAUAAAAACAGCUGUUCAAAAUUUCAGACAUUCCUGAAUUUUUCAACUGGUAAAUCCAGAAAAUUGUUAUUGUUUUGAAAUUUUUUCUAUCUGACUCUUUCGAAUCUGCAUUCAUUUUUGAAAUUUCUUUUGAAAUAUAAUUUUGAUUUGGAUCGGUGUAAAACAAGUUAGAAUUUUCACAUGUCUAAAUUUAAAACAAAUUAUUUCCAGUCGUUUCAUUGCCCAAUUUGCCGGAAGCGAGUUCAAAAUAGUAAAAUUGUACAUAAUUAUGCGUUGAAAACUAUAUUGGAUAGUGUGAAUGAGAUUUCAAAAGAUGAAGUCAAAAGUAGAAAAGCUUAUGAUAACACAAUUCAUGCUUCCGUAAGUUUUAUUUCAACAUUUCUUGGAACCAUCUUAAACAAUUGACAAAACAACCAUUUUUUCAGAACGAACAACUUCGUUUAAAAUGCAUUGACAUGGAAAGAUCAGUCGAUUGCCUACGCAAGGAAAUCAAUCAUAUGCGUCAAAAAGAGAAAUAUAAUUAUGUAGCCAUUUCAUUUUUUGUAAUUGUCUAUAUCAUUUUAUCCACAUUAUACGGUAAUUAG